AUGAAGACUUCUUGCUCCAAUCUUGUCUUGCUAUCCUUCGUGGUGCACUCGGCCACCGCCUUUCUUGCACCUGCAUCCCAAUCAUCUAUGGUCCAAACAAGCCAGCAAUCAUCAUCUUUCACUAGUGUGCACAUGAAGAGUCCUUUUGGAAACUUGAAAUUUCCCUUUGGCGAAGAUGAAGAGGCCAAGAAAGCUGCGGAAGAGGCCGCUGCCAAGGCUGCCGCUGAAGCCGCUGCCGAAGAAGCUCGCCAGGCCCGAUUGGCAGCUCUCCCCAAGGUGCCAUCGGUGGACGAAUUGCUUUCCAAGGUUCCUGCUGUUGACUUUGAUAUUUCCGACUUUGAUAUCGACAGUGUUGUCGAGAACUUGACUCCCUCCAACGGAGCAUCCUUUGGAGAACGUGGCGAAGCCUACUUUGCUGCCCAAGCUGCCUUGGUUCUUUGCAUUUUUAUUGGAACUGUCCCUUUCGUGGGAGAGAGCUUGAACUUUGUCUUUGGGCCCAUUACCGCAUUGGGCGGUCUUGCUUUGGCGGCACUUUCUGUAGUCGAUUUGGGUAGCGACAGUUUGUCGCCCUUUCCUGCUGCUACCGAAAGUAGCACUCUGAAAAAUACUGGGAUUUACGCGGAGAUGCGUCAUCCCAUGUAUUCCGGUUUGAUGAUGACAAUGCUGGGUUUGUCCAUUGCUACUGAUUCAGCAUCUCGCCUUCUUUUGACUAUUGUCUUGGGAGUCCUGUUGGAAGUCAAGAGUGAAAAGGAAGAGGCAUUUUUACUCGAAACUUUCCCUGACGAGUACCCAGCAUACAAGGAACAAGUUACCAACAAGUUCUUCCCAACCACCAUCACGAAUGAAUUGGGUUUGUAA